GUGGUGAUCUGGACCGUGCGGACUUGCUCGUCCCUCAGCUCUCCUGUUAGGUAGGUCCUGCACCAGAUCUGGCCCUCAGGCCGCUGCUGCUCUGCCUGCACUGGGCUCGGAACUGCAGCAAUGGGUCGGUGGGGGAGGAGGGGGGAGGGAGCAGCCCCGGGCUGGUUGGGAAAGCUCUCGCUUUUGUUCUAGAGUUUUCCUUUCUGUUUGCACGUCCUUCUGUGGUAGAGCAACUUGCAUUUGUCCGGUCGAGGUUUUAUUUAAAUGGAAACACCUCACAGAAGAACUUAUAAGGUGCAUAGUGAGAAUUGUCUGGGUUUCCUUUAGUGUCCCACUAGGCAGCACUGGCUGCCCGCAGGCUCUCUAUGGUCCAAGCUGGGCUGAAACUCUUGCUCCUCCUCUGCCUCAGCCCCACCUCACCCUUGGAAAACGGAAGGAGAUAUUUUAUGGGCUGCUCCUUGGCGUCUCUUUUCUCCAGGAGGAAAAAAUGGCAGCAGCAGUAGUGGAUCCGCAACAGAGCGUGGUGAUGAGAGUGGCCAACCUGCCCUUGGUGAGCUCUACCUACGACCUUGUGUCCUCCGCUUAUGUCAGUACAAAGGAUCAGUACCCGUAUUUGAGAUCCGUGUGUGAGAUGGCCGAGAAGGGCGUGAAGACCGUGACCUCUGCGGCCAUGACAAGUGCCCUGCCCAUCAUCCAGAAGCUGGAGCCACAAAUUGCGGUUGCCAAUACCUAUGCCUGCAAGGGGCUAGACAGGAUGGAGGAAAGACUGCCUAUUCUGAACCAGCCAACGUCCGAGAUUGUUGCCAGUGCCAGAGGUGCCGUAACUGGGGCGAAGGAUGUGGUGACGACUACCAUGGCUGGAGCCAAGGAUUCUGUAGCCAGCACAGUCUCAGGGGUGGUGGAUAAGACCAAAGGAGCAGUGACUGGCAGCGUGGAAAGGACCAAGUCUGUGGUCAAUGGCAGCAUCAAUACAGUUUUGGGGAUGGUGCAGUUCAUGAACAGUGGAGUAGAUAAUGCCAUCACCAAGUCGGAGCUGCUGGUAGACCAGUACUUCCCUCUCACUCAGGAGGAGCUGGAGAUGGAAGCAAAAAAGGUGGAAGGAUUUGAUAUGGUUCAGAAGCCGAGCAACUAUGAACGGCUGGAGUCCCUGUCUACCAAGCUCUGCUCUCGGGCUUAUCACCAGGCUCUCAGCAGGGUUAAAGAGGCCAAACAAAAGAGCCAGGAGACCAUUUCUCAGCUCCACUCCACUGUCCACCUGAUUGAAUUCGCCAGGAAGAAUAUGCACAGUGCCAACCAGAAAAUUCAGGGUGCUCAGGAUAAGCUCUAUGUCUCGUGGGUGGAGUGGAAGAGAAGCAUCGGCUACGACGACACCGAUGAGUCCCACUGUGUUGAGCACAUCGAGUCACGUACUCUGGCUAUCGCCCGCAACCUGACCCAGCAGCUCCAGACUACAUGCCAGACUGUCCUGGUCAACGCCCAAGGGUUACCACAGAACAUUCAAGAUCAGGCCAAACACUUGGGGGUGAUGGCAGGCGACAUCUACUCCGUAUUCCGCAAUGCUGCCUCCUUUAAGGAAGUGUCCGAUGGCGUCCUCACAUCUAGCAAGGGGCAGCUGCAGAAAAUGAAGGAAUCCUUAGAUGAAGUUAUGGAUUACUUUGUUAACAACACGCCUCUCAACUGGCUGAUGCUUGACUUCCCUGCUGCUGACUCGACAUCUGACACUGACGAAGUUCCUGAUAUUAUUCCGUUGGAAGCGGAUGAUUGAACCCAAUGACCACACACUCACAGCCCUGUCCUCUUAAGGCAAAAGACCACCCAACUAACACAAGGAAAGACACUAUUUUAUUGAAAAUGUAAUAUAUAUCUUUUUUUUUUAAAUGGUUGCCUCUGUUUUAUUCCUGUGUCUUUGGUGAACAUUCAUCUACUAUUUGGCUGCUUGAUCUUAGUUGUAAAUGAUGUGAACUUUCGUAAGAGAUCUUGUUAUGCAUCCUGUGUCAUUUUAUAGAAUUCUUUAAUGUUUAAUUGCUGAAAUGCCUUUAUAAUAAUAUUGGGCUGUAGACCUGUGAGUUGGCUUAAUGGGUAAAAGUGCUUCCUGCCCAGCCUGAUGGUCUGAGUUUGACUCUUUCAAACUGUGAGACCCCGACUUAGAGCAUUUCUCCCUGAAAGGUAAAGCCCCUAAAACAUUCCCCCAAGCUUGUUUUCCCCAUCUCUGGGGAUACAGCCAGAAAGAAGCUCUUUGUUCUUUAUAGCUAGCAAAAAGCCUUUUUUGUUUCUGUGCCUUUCAACCAUAGAUGUGAUAAUUGUAGGAAGACCUAGCCAGGCACUUGCUUGGCUCCCUGUGCCAAGGACAGGGAGAUAGACGCUGGAGAGGAGCUACAGCUCACCCCCCCCCCCACCGCUCGCCAGAGAGGAGCUGCAGCCAACUCUCCUCCCAACUCCUCCCAACUCUUCUCCCAACUCCUCCCAAUUCCUCACUUUUCCUUAAAAAGCCCCCUACUGCUACCACUCAGGGUCGAACUCCCCUGCCCUGCACAGCGAAAGGAGUUCAUCCUCAGCUAGCUGAUAAUAAAGCCUCUUGCAGUUA